AUGAACAAGCUGUAUAUCGGCAACCUGAGUGACAGCGUGAGCCCAGUGGAUCUGGAGAGUGUCUUUAACGACUCCAAGAUCCCUUACACCGGCUCUUUCCUGGUGAAAGCGGGCUAUGCGUUCGUGGACUGCCCCGACGAAAACUGGGCGAUGAAGGCCAUCGAAACCCUAUCAGGUAAAGUGGAGGUACACGGAAAGCUCAUCGAGGUGGAGCACUCGGUCCCGAAGAGGCAGAGGAGCCGUAAGAUCCAAAUUCGAAACAUCCCGCCUCAUCUUCAGUGGGAGGUGCUGGAUAGCGUCUUGGCUCAGUAUGGGUCGGUGGAGAAUUGUGAGCAAGUGAACACUGAUACUGAGACUGCUGUGGUCAAUGUAACCUACAGCUGCAAGGAGCAGGCGCGACUUGCGAUUGAGAAGCUGAAUGGCUUUCAGCUAGAGGGGUACGCCCUGAAAGUUGCCUACAUCCCGGAUGAGUCGGCCGAUGCACCUGCGCCAAACUCUCCAGUCAUGCCAACCCGCCGUGGUUAUGGUCAUCGGGGACCGCAGCGACAGGGAUCCCCAGGAGGAGCCGCAGGGCAGAACCACCAGAAUGAUAUUCCUCUUCGUAUGCUGGUCCCAACUCAAUUUGUGGGAGCGAUUAUUGGGAAAGAAGGUGCCACCAUUCGGAACAUCACCAAGCAAACCCAGUCUAAGAUUGAUAUUCACCGCAAGGAAAAUGCGGGUGCGUCUGAGAAGCCCAUUACCAUCCAUGCUUCUCCUGAAGGCUGUUCAACUGCUUGCAAGAUUAUCAUGGAGAUCAUGCAGAAGGAAGCCCAGGAUACGAAAUUCACCGACGAAAUUCCUUUGAAGAUUUUGGCUCAUAACAACUUUGUUGGCCGACUGAUUGGGAAGGAAGGAAGGAACCUGAAGAAAAUCGAGCAGGAUACUGAUACUAAGAUCACCAUCUCGCCGCUGCAGGAGUUGACCCUGUAUAAUCCGGAGCGUACCAUCACCGUUAAAGGUAGCAUUGAGACUUGUGGCAAGGCCGAGGAGGAGAUCAUGAAGAAAAUAAGGGAGUCUUAUGAGAGUGAUCUCAGUGCUAUGAAUGUGAGUUCUGAAAUACUGGAGGUGAUUAAGACUUUUUUUUCUCCCUUCCCUUUUUUUCUUUUCUGCAUACACCGUCACUCUCAUCCUGAAAUGGAGACCGUUCAUCUGUUCAUCCCCGCCAUGGCUGUGGGAGCCAUCAUUGGCAAGAUGGGCCAGCAUAUCAAGCAGCUCUCUCGUUUUGCUGGAGCUUCUAUCAAGAUUGCCCCACCUGAGACCCCUGAUGCCAAGGAGAGGAUGGUGAUCAUCACUGGACCCCCUGAGGCCCAAUUUAAGGCUCAGGGACGGAUCUAUGGAAAGCUCAAGGAGGAGAACUUCUUUGGCCCCAAGGAGGAGGUAAAGCUGGAGGCCCAGAUUAAAGUGCCCUCAUCUGCCGCCGGGAGAGUCAUCGGCAAAGGAGGAAAGACGGUGAACGAGCUGCAGAAUCUGACCAGCGCUGAGGUGGUGGUUCCUCGUGAUCAGAUUCCUGAUGAGAAUGACGAGGUGAUUGUGAAGAUCACUGGCCAUUUCUACGCGUGCCAGCUCGCCCAGAGAAAAAUCCAAGAGAUUCUGGCCCAGGUUAAGAGGCAGCAGCAAAUGCAGCAGAAGAAUGCCAAUUCUGCCGCUGCAGCUGGUGGCAGUGGUGCCGCUGGGCCAAGCGGCCAGUCUCAGCUCAGGCGGAAAUAGAGAGGUUAAGGAAACGGCCCAUCUCAACAAAAGAUGCCAAACCAAAGACGAGACUAAAUAUAAUAGAUGGGUGAGGAAACACCUAUCCCUAAAUCACAAUUAGAAGUCCCACCUACCCAAAAGCUUAUUUGAAGACCAGGCAAAUUUUGAAUUCGUGUUUUAAAAAAAUUUCUAUGUAAUGUCCUCUCAAGUUUCCGGAACCUGGCUUUAAAGGAACCAACAAGAAGAAGGAAACAGCAACACCAACAAGAACAAGAAAAUUAAGAGUCAUUUCCCUUGUGUUCUAUUCUUGAAAUUUGUUGUAAAGUGACUUGAUGUUUAUUGUCCUUGAUAUUCUCUUACCAUUUUAGAAGUUGGUUGAAUUAAGCUUUGUGUUCUCACCUUACCAACUUGAACAGAGAGAAAGAAAGGCAUUGCUCCUUAUCCAUUGCUCAUGAAAAUAAGCCGGUGGUAUGAUUGGUGGACUAGAAUUAUAUCCAGUAAAUUGUCAACAAGUAUAAUUAAACAUUAGAUGUAUGUACCCCAAGCCAGUGGCAUUUUUUAAAAAUUUGGUUGCAUUUUUACUAAGGGAAAUGUUGAGUGUGUUGGCCAGGGCGUGGAAAGAAUAUGCAUUUUACAAAACUACCUCAAGCGUAGAGAGCACUUAAAAAAAAAAAAAAAAAAACAAAAAACCAAAAAAAAAAAAAAAAAAGCAAAAAACAAACAAAAAAAAAUCUUUCUUUUCUUUUGGCAAUCUGUACGUUUGAUAAAACAAGUAGUCCCAGAACUUUUUUUUUUUAAACAAAGCAGAUUUAAAAUCUGAUUGGCCAACAGAAACAAGAUGAGAUAAUUGGGCAAAGAGCACAUAGUGCUUUGAGCUGGUGGUUGAUGGGAAUAAAAUUGGAAAACAAAAACUCAGGCCUUCUAAGGCUUUUGCCACCAAAAUUUGCCAAAUUUAGUCAAUGUCCUGUGAUCCUGAACAAUGCCAAUAGGAGAGCAGCAAUGCCACUUGUGUUUUUCCUUUUCAAAUGGGCUUUAAAAGAAAUGGUCCUCUUGUGGGGAACAGAACCAGGAAGUGAUGGCGAGAUGCUGGGGGUGUGGGGGAUCGAGCUGAACCAGGAGACUGGACUGUUUGCGCUCCUUGAUUAGAUGCAUGAAUCCUUUGUGCCUCUGACCAUCAAUGCCUAAAGAAACAAUGCUUCAGUGCAGAUCAUUGCAGUCCAUGCGGACGUCCAUUGUGUUCAAAGAGCAAGCUUCCUCUUCAGUUUUGUAGGCCAUGUGAUCUGUUGGGCCAUUUCUAAUGCUUGUCAUGCUUUUAGAUGAUCACCACAACCAGGGAGGGGCAGGAAAGGUCAAAGAUAUGACCAUAUUUAAAGAAAAGCAAAGGCUACAUACCCAGCCACUGUCAUGGGCCACACUAAACCACCUGGAAAGUCUAAAAAUGAGCUAAACAAGGAAAAAAACCCCAAAAGUGUUAAAAAAAAAAAAGCCACCUAAAAUAAAGCCUCCUAGACUGGCUUAAAGAUAAAAUAGAAGCAGGAUUUAUACACAGUCUGCAACCAACCAGCUGAAAAUAAAUUAGUCAAAAGACAGGGAUGUAGGAAAACUAAAUUUCUCUCCAAUUUCAAAAUGUAAUUUGAAAAAAAAAAAAUGAUUGUGCU